AUGCAGGAUCGUUCCAACGCAGCUGCCCUCCCAUCUACGAUCACGGCGCCGCCCUCUCAUCUGCACACAACGCAGCACGGCUGCCCCAUGCAGGAUCUUUCCAAAGCUGCCGCCCUCUCAUCUACGAUCGAUAGAGCCGCCAUCUCAUCUGCACACAACACAGCCGGUGUUCACUCCUUCAGAAUGGCAGAAUCGCAAGAAGAACGUGCUGCAAGCGAGGGUCCUCAUUUAUGCACAUCACCUAGCCGAAAUUCAUUAAUGGAGGUUGAUAUAGUUGAACCGUUAGUUUGUGCUGCCUCUGAAGUUUCUGAAAAUUUAUCAAACGAACAAGAAAACUUAGCCGCCAAUGUCGCAGAGCAUGGUCACAAGUUAAACAAGUUGUCGGAUGUUAUGGAUGUUGGAAGUGAAGAGAUGGAGCCUGGUGAUGAGUUACCAGAUCAUGGUAACCUACAAGAAGAUGAGAUACCAAGAGUUGGAAUGCGAUUUCCUCAGCUACAGAUGGCGCAUGACUUUUAUGUGUCCUAUGCAAAGAAAGCUGGAUUUGCAACUAAGAUAAGGACGACAACAUUUGACAAGAUCACAAAGGCUCCCAUUAACCAGGCUAUACACUGUAAUCGCGAUGGGAUCCGCGAGUCUCGUGUUAAAGCACCAACACGGAAGAAUACGAUUUCAGCUGCUGGGUGCAAGGCAAGGAUAUAUGUAAAGUUUGAUAAAGACGUGCAAGACUGGGUUCUGAUCAAGGCUGACUUGACGCACUCUCACCCUUGUUCACCGAAAAAGGCAGUGCACUAUCAUGAGUAUAGGCAGUUGACCAUGCAUGCGAAGUGCGUGAUCGAGGAUAAUGAUGAGGCUGGGAUUCGACCAAACAAGACAUUCCUUGCUUUGUCAAAUGAGGCUGGUGGCCCCUCUAACUUGGGAUUCUCAGAGAAGGAUUUAAGAAAUUAUAUAACAGCAAGGCUCCGAAGUAGCAACGUUAAUGCGGAUGUCAGGGAGAUGAUGAGCUACUUUAGGAGAAUGAAGGACAUCAAUCCGAACUUCUUUUACGCGGUGAAGUUGGACGAUGAGUGUAAAUUUAAGAGUGCAGUAUGGGUUGAUGCAAGGUGUAGGGCGUCGUAUGAAUACUAUGGAGACGUCGUGUCAGUUGAUAGCACGUACAAUAGAAAUAGGCAUGGAUUACCGUUUAUGUCGUUCGUUGGGGUCAACCACCAUGGUAGGUCGACCCUCCUCGGUUGUGCUUUGUUGGGGAAUGAAGAAAUCGGAAGUUAUGAGUGGGUUUUUCUCCAAUGGGUGAAGUGCAUGGGAACUGCUCCAAAGUGUAUCAUAACCGAUCAAUGUCGAUCCCUUUACCGUGCGAUCAAAAAUACUUUACCCGACACACGCCACCGGUGGUGCAUUUGGCAUAUUAUGAAUAAGCUACCUUCGAAGCUUGGGGGUUACCGCCGGUACGGAGCUUUGUAUGGUGACCUAAACGACAUUGUGUGGAACUCUCGGACGGAGGAGUCAUUUGAAGAUGAUUGGGCUGAUUUUAUAGAUGUACAACUUACAUAA